GUCAUUUGUUCAUUACUUCGUCGUUUUCAAGACCAACUCAACUAUGUGUGGUUAGCUUUGGUUGUUUUGGAGCACGAGUUACAGUUGAUCUAUCCAAAACGUGUUGUUGAUCAGCGAGAGCAGCUAUGCGAGUGUGAAAUUCAUCGGAACACGCUGUCGCGGGUCUUUGGGCUGUGCGAGGUAGAGACCGGCCAGUCCAACAUCAUCCUGGACAUCGAGGAGAGCCGCGGCACAGGCAUGGGCCAGGCGACGACGCCGGCCGAGCUGCCGGUGGUGGGCGACCCGUUCACGGAGGUGGCGCUGGACCUGACGUUCCCGCGCGGCGCGCCGCUCUUCCUGCUCAACGGCAAGCGCCUGCAGCUGCUGCGCCCGCUGGACCGCGACGCCGACAACCUGUCGCACCUCGUCUUCCAGCUCGUCUGCACCGUGCGAGCGACCAGCAAGAAGCGCACCAUCCCCGUGAUCGUGCGAGUGUCUGACGUCAACGACAACGCUCCCGAAUUCAUCGACGCGCCGUACCGCGCGCAAGUGUCAGAGAACCAGUUUUUAUUGCUCUAUUCUUUACCUCUUCCUUAUAGACCCUUAAAACAACUAAUGCUUGUUUUGACACCUCAUUACUCAAUGAAUAUGUGCAUAUAUAUGAAACCAAAAUAUAAAACAAGUUUUGAA